AUGUCUGCACGAGAUGCAGCAAGGCAAGCCCUGAGUAACAUAGCAGCUUACCCCUUUGCAAAGAGGUUACAGGAUGCACGGCUACCAAGCAGAGUGAAGCACGGUGCGUUCAUCCUUUACGAGACGAAUGCGGACCCCGUUGCUCACAUACAACAUUACCAACAGGCUAUGUUCAUGCAUGUUGGGGAUGAUGCCAUCAUGUGUAAGAUGUUCCCUCCGAGCUUGGGGAAGGUAGCCCUAUCCUGGUUCCAUAAGUUGGGACCACGCUCCAUACGAGGCUGGACGCAGCUCGCCGAAGAGUUUACUGCUCGGUUCUUGAUGAGUAGGAAAGCCCCCAAAACAUUUGAAAGCCUCUCCACGAUGAAACAGGGGGAAAGCAAGCCAAUCAGAGAUUACGCUAAGAAAUAUUGGGAAACUUUCAAUGAGAUUGAAAGCUGCAGCGAAGAAUAUGCGAUUGCUACUUUCAAAACUGGCCUGCCUAUUUGGGGAGAGCUACGCCGGUCAUUAAAUAUGCAUCCGGUAGCAACGUUGGCUAGGCUAAUGGAGCGAAUUGAGCAACAUGACAGAAUGGAGGAUGACAUACUUCAAGAAGAUGGCAAGUUGGCUACCGAACAAACCAAGGGGCCUGCAAAGAAGGCAGAUAAAUCAGAGCCCAAGAUUUAUAGGGAAAGGAAAGAGCACGGGCAAGCUAAGAAAAACCCAUACAAAGAAAAACUAGCACCUGAUCCUAAAUCUGGUACAGUCAGUAACCCCCUUGGUCGGAUUCGGUGCAGGAGUAGUUUGGCCAUUGGGCAAGCUGAGGAAGAAGUCAAGAUGGUGAGUUUCUUAAAAGAACAUGUUGAUGUGUUUGCAUGGAUACCAGAGGAGAUGCCCGGUGUAGACACAGAUGUGAUCUGCCACCACUUGAACGUAGAUCCACAGCAUAAGCCAAUCAUUUAG